GUAGCCACUAAAUCUAAUGUUGCUCCCAUCUCUGGCUACAUUUUUUUAUUUUUAUUUUUAUUUUUUACAUUAUUAUUUAUUUUUGCUGCAUAGGCUGAUCUAGAGUAAUAGAAUUGAUGCGCACUCUCUUUAGGUGCUUACAUCCGUAAUAGAAUCCUCUUUAUUUCAUUCUCUAUUGUGGCCAAUAAUUGUGGAUAUCUAGAAUCCUGUAAGCUGUAACCACUAAGUCGAGGUAAACCAAUGCCAAAUCUGUGCCACCAACAAACGAGCAAUAUGUAAAAAUUGAAAGGACUAAAAUGCCCUUACACUAAAUUUCACACUCCACCCUUCUCUCCGCUACAAACCCUGAUAAUUAUCUUAGUCGGUUCAUGAACAAAUGAGACUAAUAGCAGUUGAUUUGGAAGUCUAAUUAUGCUUUGUUUUUAGCCAUAUAUAUUAAAGGAAAUAGAAGAUCAAAAAUGAGUUUCAGAUCUUCCAAUUCAAAGAAGAAUAUAAGAGCUGGUGAGGCAGUUAGUGAAUUGGGAGCUUUAGUGUUGACGCUUCAGAGCCGAGUAGAGGACUGAUUCAAUGCCCCCGGGCCUCUGUUUGCUUUUAGUUGGAUUUGCCAAUAUAGAUUGGCUUCGUCUUCGGAAGGGCUUAAACUGAAAAAUUCUUACCCGGCAGUAAUGAAGAAGAAAAGGAAAUUAGAAAAUUAAAAAAAGAUAGUAUAUAUAUAUAUAUAUAUAUAUAUAUAUAAUUUUAAAAAAUAAUUUUAAAUUGGUGGGUGUACACGAUGAUGAUGAUAUAUAUAGUUUUAAAAAAUAAUUUUAAAUUGGUGGAUGUACAUGAUGAUGAUGAUAUAUAUAUAUAAAGAAUAAUUAUAAGUUUAUAUAAUAAAAGUCAAAGGGUAUUGAAGUCAUUUUAACACUUUUUAAAGUUAUUUCCUCUGUCCAUUGGCAUUAUUCGUUGUUCACCUUUGUUUUAUAACUUUUUAAGGAGACAUGCAAUUAAUGCAUUGUCUCAAUUUCAAAUUACUAAGUUGUCUUUCAAAUUUUAAACAGUUGUAAGAUUUUUGAAAGGUUAGAAGGGUAAUUAUGAAAAGAUAAUAUUUAUUUUAUUUGACUUUUCAAAAUGGACAUUUAAUUUGGGACACUCUAAAAGGAGAAAAUGGAUUACUAAUAAGGGAUAGAGAGAGUAACAUAUAGUUAGAAGAGUUGUAAUGUCAUUUUACAUACAAAAAAAGUAUCUGACACUUUUGAAAAGUAAUUUUUGGGGUGUAAGUGAAAAACGAAAGAAAUAUUUGUAAUGUAAGUGAUAAUUAUUUUCGAAAGAUGUUUCAAUGUAAAAUUUAGUCAAACUUAAGAAAGUACCAGUGAAAUUAACCUUUUUUUUUUUUAAUAAAAAAUUAUGCUUUUUGAUCAUGCAAACUGAUUGCAUUAUUUGAUUUCCUGUUUGAUUUUUUGAUGAGAGAAGCAAAAUCUGCCUAAUCAAUGUUAUACCGUGCGUCUUUAUAUAUAUACAGUAUAUAUAUAUAUAUAUACUGUAUAUAUUAUUGUACUAAACUGUUUACAGGCCUGAAUCAAUUUGAGUAAUGAGUUAUCAUCAAGGAGCGCUCAGGCUAAGUAAGGGAAAAUACAAUUGGAGAGGAUGGGUUUGAAAUUUUGAAUCAAGGACACGUGGUGUAUUUUAACUGGUGAAUCUUGUAUGUUCAUUAAUAUUUGGUAUUUGGAGGGCAGUCUUCUUUUCUCCAAUAUUUUACUUUAGUCAAUAAAUAAAUAAAUGUAAGAACGGACCUGACGUAAAAGGAGCGUUUGACACGUCAAGACAACAGCUGUAGGCCAACCCUGUUUUCUACUGUGGACAAAGACCAAAUCCGCGACUGAUUUUUACAAGAGACACAGAGGACUGUACUCUUCUCACUUCUCCAUCUCUUCCCCUUCUUUUCCUAGUAAAUUUUCAAUCAAAACCAACCACCAACUCAUAGACUUCUUCAUUAUUGGUCUCCUCCUGCACACAUAUACUAUAUAUCCAUCCAUAUAUAUAUAUUCCAGUAGCUGCAAUGGGCUUGGCGCCAAAACAUUGACAAGAAAGCUUUUUUUUUCGUUUUUUUGUUCUUCAGCAGAUAUAUUUUCCUUGAUAGGUUGGCACAGCUUACCAUUGACGAAGCUGUGUCAGACUCUUCCUUGUUCUGCAUAUAUGCUCUGUCUCUUCUGUCCAUUACUUUGUCUCUAUUUCUACUCUGCUUCCCAGAACAGAUAUCAACUCUCCCAAAUUUCACUUUUAUACACCCUACUAACCGGUCAAAUUCAAUACUCUCAACUCCGACUCGUCCGUACGUCCGGCUAUGAAAAUAUCCGAACAUGUUGUCACAACAAGUAUCCACCAACAGAGUUUUGUAACCUCCGGCGAGUUUCCGACAAGGUUCCGGCGAAAAGUUGUGAGGAUCAUGCUCACCGACGCUGACGCCACUGACUCUGAAGGCGAGGACGAGGUUGUACGGAGAGUGAAGAGACAUGUCAACCAGAUCAACUUUAAACCACCAAAAAGGCCGCGAAAGUGUCAGCCAACUAAGAAGCCAAGCUUGAGCUCGCCGGAAACCGAGCACGAUCACCGGAAAAAGAUCAUAGGCGUGCGUCAGAGGCCUAAGAAGCCAAGAUUGAGCUCGCCGGAAACUGAGCCCGCUUUCCGGAAAAAGUUGAUAGGCGUGCGUCAGAUGCCUAAGAAGCCAAGCUUGAGCUCGCCGGAAACUGAUCACGCAUUCCGGAAAAAGUUCAUAGGCGUGCGUCAGAGGCCGUGGGGUCGCUGGGUCGCGGAGAUCCGUGACGGUCGGAAAAGGCUGUGGCUGGGGACUUACAACGCGCCGGAGGAAGCCGCCAAAGCGUACGACAUAGCUACCGUUAGAUUGAAGGGUCCCGACGCCGUUACGAACUUCCCUAAAGUGGCUAUGACGGAAGCGGUCGUUGACGGUCAAAAGGAGGUUGAAGGCGCACGCAAAGCUGCUGCUGCUGCUGCUGCUGCUGCUGCGUCAUCGCCCACGUCAGUCCUCCGUCACGACGACUUGACGGCGUUGGACGGUGUCAGUUACGGAGGCGUGGAUUUCAUGGGUUUUGAAUCUUUUGAUAUGGACGUGCUGUUUAAUCUGCCGGAUAUCGUGACGUCGAACAAGUACUACCGCGAGGAAGAUUUCGGCGAGUUUAACAUCGACGAUUUCGUCGUGGAAGUGAGAUAAGUUAUCGAGUGUAACGCCACCCUUUUACGGCCUCCCCAUUCCAAAACUCUUCUUGUCAUUCCAAGGCAAUGCCCAAGACGGUCAUUUUAGCAAAUCCAUUAGUAUAUAAUAAUCAAGUCUAGGAUUAUGUGAUUAUAACUAUGAGUUGGUAUUGUGCACCGUGUAAUGUUGGAUGAUCAUGAGUUUAAUAGCUAAAAAUGUCUAUUACACAAAUUUUGAAUCGUUAAAUGUAAUUGUGUUGAACACAAUUGUAAUUGCUCUAUUAUGAUAUGAACAUAAAAUUAUUUGGCA